GACGAGCGGCGCACGUACCACGACGCGUACUUACCAUUCCCGUUAGAUGAUUGAAAUAUUUCGCCGGCUUUCUCGGAAUAUUGAAAUCGGGGCACCGUCGACAUCGCGUUUAUUUAAAUCGUAUCCACGCGCGUGUCAGUGUUAGUGCCAGUGUGUUAGUGUCACAAUGGAGCAGCCGGCAGACAGGAUGCUGGACCCGGAAACUAGGACGUUGGACGCAAGAGACGUGGGCAGAGAUACAUCAUACAUGUCCAGAACAUUUGAGAGAUGUCAUCGCACGUUUCGGAUGAUCGGGCAAAAUUGCAAUCACACAGUGGACGCGGCACUCGCUCGAGGAAAUCGGUUUAUUUAUCGGUUUUUUAGUUUAUUUCAAUGUUUACAACCGCUAGCCAACGCUCCGCGCGAUAUCCUCGUUAACGCGCAGAAAAAUAGCGCGUUAAUUGAUCACGUGGCGGAAUAAUUGAUUCAAACAGAUCAUCGUUUUGUGUGGAUAUGUUUCAGAGGAGAAAUCGCUGACUUGAAUGCGGACGGUUCUCGAUCGCGAGGACGUUAGAAAAUUCACGAACAAUGAACGAAAUGUACACGCUCAUGAAUUCUACGUGUGUGCACGUGCGCGUGUGUGCGUGAUAAAAUAGAGCCGUGGUAGAAUCCGUGACAAUAAUAAAGAAAUAAGUCCGCGAAGGCGAUAUCUCGACACGAUGUAACGCCCGGGCCAGGAUAUCCUCGUAUCGAUAUGAGCGCAUGGAUCGAUAAGGGGGAUGAGAGAUCGAAGUGCACGGGUGACAAGAAAAUGUCGAUUCAAGGGCGCAACCUGUCCGAUAACCUGGUUUCCACGGAGUAUUUCGGUGCUUUAGAGACCGAUGGCUACUCGCCGAUCGUUACCGGUCUGCCUCGGUUUACUACCGUCACUUCCAGCAUCGCGAACGUUACCUUGCCGAUCGGCCAACAGUCGAGCCAGGACCGCCUCAUGAAGACUCUUAUCAUACCGCUCUAUGGUAUAAUCUUCUUCCUCUCCAUCGUGGGCAAUUCCCUGGUACUCAUCACCCUGGCGAGGAAUAGGAAGAUGCGCACCGUAACGAACGUGUAUCUGCUGAACUUGGCUGUCUCCGAUCUCCUGCUUGGCGUGUUCUGCAUGCCCUUCACUCUUCUGGGCCAGAUCCUCAAGAACUUCAUCUUCGGUCUCACAAUGUGCAAGCUGAUACCGUAUUUUCAAGCCGUGUCAGUGUCGGUGGACGUCUGGACGCUCGUCGCUAUUUCGAUCGAACGCUACUUCGCCAUUUGCCGGCCGCUGAAAUCGAGACGAUGGCAGACACGAUUUCAUGCUUACAAAAUGAUCGCCAUCGUGUGGAUUCUGAGUCUUACGUGGAACGUACCGAUCCUCGUCGUGUCCCGAUUGAAAAGCUUGCACGGAGGAAGGCACAAGUGUCGCGAGGAAUGGCCGAGCGUCGGCUCCGAGAGAGCGUUCAAUCUUUUCCUGGACGGCACGCUGCUGUUGGUGCCCUUGCUAUUUAUGAGCCUGGCUUACUCGCUGAUAGCGAUCAAACUUUGGCGCGGUCUGAAGCGCGAGAUACGACAGUCAUCGACAUGCACGAGGAGACUCGAAAGAACGAGGUCCGCAACGACUAUGCGGGGCUCAACUUACAGCAACAACAGCGAUCGAGGCGCAAGCUCAACGAUGGUGUUCAGUGCUUGCGGCUCAACUUCCAGACUGCGGCGAGGCUUCUCGUCCUCUGCGGGACACUUUCAAAGUGCAUCACCAGGCGUACCGUCCAAGGGAGCACGUGCAACGGUUAACCGAGGCAUCGCGCUUCUCACCCCGAAAAAGGUGCGGUUACAACGGACGGUGGUCUCCAGGGUGCUUGCCGGCAAGUGUCACGGUACAGAUUUGCCCCAGCGAUCCAGGAUUCAGAUACGGGCGAACGGAAGCGAAUGCUUAGUGCGGGAUGGGAAGGACACCGCUAACGAGGAUCAACAGGAUUCGAUCUGCCCGCUCAGCAGACAACACAUAAUACGCAGUAAUUACAUGGGAAAGAGCAUCGAGGCGAAGAAGAAGUAUUGGACAGCGUCCGUGCUCGUCGCAUCUCGAACGCGCUCGCCCGUGAUGUUGCAGGUGAUCCGUAUGCUCUUCGUGAUAGUCUUGGAAUUCUUCGUGUGCUGGGCGCCGUUGCACAUAAUCAAUACGUGGUACAUCUUCGCGCCUGAUCUGGUGUACACCGUCGUCGGCAGCACCGGCAUCAGCCUGGUGCAGCUGUUGGCCUACGUUUCCAGUUGUUGCAAUCCCAUCACGUAUUGCUUCAUGAACCGAAAAUUUCGUCAGGCGUUCCUCGAGCUCUUCAGCUGCCACCGCUGUUGGAGGGUGGGUUGCAGGCACGGAGACAUCGCGAUGGCGACCACCGGAAACGCCGUGCAGGCUAGCAAUAAUAGCGGAUUGAGCGGAAAUGACUCGACUGUGUAUCUAGGCAGGGCAUCCAUUGCCGCCAGAUCAGAGGUGAUACGACUGCUGGAAGAGGAAGAUCGCGUCUAAGUCGUGUGGAUUAUAUGCCGUGGCGUAACCCGAUGUGUCUCGGCUGCACCACCGCGAGGAGAUUUCGUCCCUGAUGGCCGCUCGUCCAAGAAAUAGUAAGAAACUCGCGUGUGUGUCCGCGCGUCUCAUUGCUCAUUGAGAUCUUCCUGCGUGCACAAUCUCAAAACUUCCCUUUUACGAUUGACUGAAACGUCGAUGCGAUUCCCGUACGCGCACGUUCUUGGCCUAAUCGGAAAUUUUUCAGAUCUCACUUUUGUAGUUUUAGUUGGUUCGCCAGAGUUGAAAAUGGAUCCGUGAGUGAGAAGAGCGCGCUGUAUCUCUUCGCGUCGGGUAUUAUUUUUAUAUCACACCCAUCGAAUCGAUCGUUCAGACAGUUCGAAAGGAAAUAAGUAAGGGAAAUAAUCUCAUUGGUGUUUUUGUACAAAUUAGUCGGACAACGAGUUUUACAUUGUAAUCUCAAAUGUGUAAUAUUUAUGUGUAUAAAAUGUGUAAAUCAAGGUUGCCAGGUGUGCUGUGUCCUCGCGUACUGGUGACCUACAAGAUUGAUAUUUGUCAGUAGACCAUUGAAAAUAUAAUCGAUCCUUAAGGAAGAUGGAAUACUCCAAAAUGGUAGGCGCAAGUAUUUUAAAAAUUAUAUUUCUGCAUCCCAAUCCUCUGAAUACUGAUAACAUAAAGACGCUGUAUAUACGUUCUCCGUAAAUAUUUACGAUGACACAAAAGAAUGGCAUUCUUAACAAAUUGUAUCUAUAAUCGAUAUUUGUCAGUAGAUUAUUGCGAAUGUAAUCGGGAAGAUGAAAUAUCCCAAAAUGGUGGACGCAAGUAUUUGGAAAAUUGUAUUUUUGCAUUUCAAACCUCUGAAUACCGAUAAUGUAGAUGGCGUACAUUCGUUCUCCGUAAAUAUUUACAAUAACACAAAAGAAUGACAUUCCCAUCGUUAAUUGGCCUAAUUUUGCGAGAUUAUAUUUCAUACGCCUGCAUAAAGAUGACAAAACGCUCCGGACACUUUCGCGGGCAAACUUAACGCGACGCUAUAAAGUACAUUUACGUGGUAAACAGCUUUAUGCAGAAAACAUACACAGUCAUGCUAUUUGAGGCAACUACGCCCGCUCAUUUAUAUCACUUUAUGUUAAUUCUUUACACGAUUUCGUAUUUAAUAUUCUCGCGUGCUUAUUUAUUAAAUAUUUUUUGUCCUCGCGAUAUUCGCGAUUUCUCAGUUUAACAGCGCGAGACUUCUCAAUUUAAUUUCCACAUUUCGUUGCGAAAUUCGCGAGAGAAUACCGCGUCCUAAAAGCACACGCUCGAUGUGCCGGUUAAAACUCUCAAGUUUAUUGUUAUUUCCCAUGCAUAUUUCAUCCUUGACACGGAUUCGUAUACAAAUGCCACGUAAUACUGUUGACAUAUCUUUCAUCAUACAUACCUUUGAUGUACCUGUUGCAUACGAUUCAUGGACCUGUCAGAGAAUAAGCCUGAAAUGAUAGCGUGAGGCAUACGCAAACUACGACAUCCGUUUUAGACGUAUUAAAGGAAGGUAUGACUUUUAGGCGAUUUGGGAACCGCUAGGUGAACGCAAAUUUCCUAUUUUUUCCCGUAGAAUUAAAAA